AUGUCUGAACUAUAUAACACGGAUGCAGAGUCUAUCCGGACUAGCCUACGAUUGGAGCUCGCCUCGAAUAUCGUUGAGGAUCAGAAGGCUAUAUCCGGCCGCCUUGGCCUGGAAUUAGUCUCUUCGCAGCUCGUGGAUGAUUGCCACAGCCAACUGCUUCGGGACAAAAAGGAUGAUAUUGAAAGCCUGCAGGACAUCGUUGCGAGAGCAGAGAGCAAGAGUGACAACGCGAAUGUCAAAUUGAAGGAAGAGUUUGAAACACACAUGUACAAACCUCUAGUCGACAUUAUCGAUUACAUCGCAUCCUUCGGAGGGUCUACGCCAAAACGACGGUGGAUCCACUCAGAAGCACAUGUGAUAGGAAACGGUAUGCCCUACUCCAAGCCCGACUUGAGACUUGGUGAUCCAUCUGGUGAGCUGAAGACUUGGCGAGACCUCGCUGCGUUUGGAGAAGUGAAGCCAAAAGCCGUGCAGGGCAUGGCUCCGGGACAGGCUAUCAAGGGUUCCGAUGCCCUCGUCGAGAGUAGCGAUUACGCCCGCCUGCAUCUAGCGGGCUCUCCCUUUCGGCUUUUCUCCAUUGCACUCAUGAUCACCGGCAAUAACUUCCAAGUCGCCAUCUUCGACCGAGCUGGUGUCGUCGUGUCUCCUGCCGCGAAUAUCUGGACAGAUACCAAAACCUUCAUUCGGGUCAUUCGUAGACUCUCAUGCAAUCUCUCGCAUAUUGAAAUGGGUUGCGACCCGUCCGUCUUCGAACUACCAUCCCAUGCCGAAUUGUACCCUUUGAUUCGAAAAAAGGCGAAGUCUUUGGGUGUUCCACGCGAUUCUCUUGAUUACCCGUCGUUCCUUGUCCAAUGCCGUAAGCGCAUCUCCACGCUCGACGGUAUGGAUACUCGUUCCCGCCCCGACCGUGACCGAGAUGAUUGGGAAACCCACGAAUGGCUGACAAUCGGUCCCCCCGUUUGGGUUUCUCUAUCGCUACUUGGACGUGGGACCAGUAUUUGGCGUGUCAUGCCCUAUAAAGAAGGUGACUUCGAUUCCAGCGCCGAGGUGUGUAUCCUGAAGAAUACAUGGCGAAAUAGCCGCCGUGUCUCGGAAUCAGAAAUAUACGAGACAGUUGAAAGGGGGCCCGAUGGAGUCGCCAACUUCCACUACGGUGGCGAUGCUGUCUUUCCGUGGAUAGCGACUUCACCGGCGAUUAGCGUUGUAAAUCUUCGUAACACGGAUUAUCGCAUCAAUCGCGCGAACCUUCUGGAUAUCCCUACCCAUCGUUCCAUCGACCCCACGCCUAUGUUGCACCGGCUCAUCCUCAAGACUGUCGGACGCCCUCUGUGGGAUGCCCUUGAUUACAUUGACCUUCUUAAAGGCUUUCGGGCUGCUCUGCUUGGCCAUGCGAAACUAUGCAAGCAAGGCAUACUUCAUCGCGAUAUUAGUGCUGGCAAUAUACUCCUCGCUGUCGGGGCUGCUGAAGAGGGAAAAGAAGGAUUUAUCACCGAUUUGGAAUUUGCCCGCCUUCGUCAGAUCAGACAAACUCGAACGAGGGUCAACGAUGACGGGACGGAGACCAUGGCCAAAGCUUGGACUGACACGACGCGCGGGUUGUUGAUGACUGGGACUGUCCAGUUUAUGGCAACUGCAAAGCUCAAUGCAUUUCGCGGUACACCGAGCGCCGCUAGAUUCACCGACCAGGUCAAUCACGACCUCGAAUCCUUCAUUUGGGUCUUCGCGUACACCGUCAUGCGGCGACUCAUGAUCGAGAAACGCUUGGAUUCAGAUUCUAGAAAGCACAUUCAUCAAUGGUUCAAAGAAUGCUUCUGCAGUUUGUCCAUUGCGACUAUAAUCCCGAACCGUAUUGCACGUAUACCUCUCAAGCUACCAAUUCCCAUCGACCACGGCAUCCUUCCUGACCCCAUCCAGGAUCUCCUUGCGUGGCUCGACGAAAGGGUUCAGUACAACCAGCCUGCUAAUGAGCGCCUCGCAAAAUUCAAGAAUCAGGGACGCAAUGUGAUUCUCAUUGUUCGACCGCUCACCCAUGAGCUAUUGCUCGAUCCCAUAGAGACAAUGAUCUCCGAAUUACAGUAG